CGCCAUGAUGGUAGACUGCUGAUCAUUCGUCGCAUAUCUGCUAAGCCCCCUGGCAGGACGCCAGACAAAUAUGCCAGUCCUCCGGAUGGGAAAGAGCCAUUGGUUAUUCUAUGCCUAGGUUGGUGUUUAAGUCCCAUCGACAAGUUUCUGCGCCAUUGUUGCGAAUUCAAAGACAAACAGCGCAAAAGCUUUGUAACUGUCCAUAUACGACAAAAUCGUGAUCUAGGCGGUCGCGCAGAUUGGGACACAACUCUUUCAAAGGCUAAAAGGUCACUCAAUACGGUUUAUUUGAAAGACGAUACAAAAAAGCAGCUCAUUAGUGACAUUGAAGAUUACUUGCGCGCAAGCACCAGAAAGUACUACCACGACCGUGGGAUACCCUACCGACGAGGAUACCUCCUACAUGGACCUCCAGGGACCGGCAAAACUUCUCUCAGCUUAGCGUUGGCAAGUGAAUUAAAUCUCGACGUAUAUAUGCUGCAUAUCCCAAACGUCCGCCAUAAAAACGAAUUAACAACGCUCUUUACAAAAUUGCCGCCAAGCUGUAUCGUUUUGCUGGAAGAUGUUGAUGCUGUUGGGCUACAGCGGCGACAUGCCUCCCAUUCAGACUCGGAAGAUGAGAGCGGUAGCGAAGGUGGAAUUCCAGGCGCGUUUGGCAGGCGGUCCGCCUGUUCGCUUUCUGGGCUGUUGAACUCGCUGGAUGGCGUGGCAAGCCCAGAAGGCCGCAUCAUCAUUAUGACUACCAACAACAUUGAGAAGCUAGAUGAAGCUUUAAUUCGGGAUGGAAGGGUUGAUAAGAAAGUCUUUCUCGGGUAUAUGGACUCGGACUCGGCCAGACUGAUGUUCAUGAAGAUGUAUCAACUUCAAUCAGACUCACUCCCAUCUCUCGAAGUUGAGAACAACACCAACCAGCAAACCUGUCAAUCAGUGGACGAUAAAUCCACUCACAUCGACCUUGAGAACCUAGCGCAAAAUUUCGCCAGUCUAAUAACGACGAAAAGUCUUUCAGCUGCCAAAGUGCAAGGGUACUUGUUGUGUCACAAGGACAAUCCGCAGGCAGCGGUGGCGAACCUCCCCCACUUCAUGGACAACCAACCAGCCACGGGCAUCAACCGUGGCUGCCCCCAACAGCAGCAUAACACAGCCAAGAUGCUCCCCAGCAUCAGUACAAAUCACUCGGAAAAUAGUGCCCACUCGCCUGGAACCUCACCAGUCGCAUCGCCAGCCUCAGAUGCUGGUACCUCGGCUUCAUCCUGCACAAUCACUGCCUGCGAUAAACGUCAAAUUUCGGUUCCCGUCCGUCUCCCUCAAAAGAACAGGCGAUUUGCCAGAACCAAAAAGCCAAAGGCCCGCAUAUACCUGCCGCCGUCUUCGAAAAGGUCAUCACCUAAGAGGUCGAUCCUGAAAGAUAAGAGCGACCCUUCGCCACCGUCUCUCGACCCUCGAGACUUCCCCAGGCUAUCACUCAGUCAGCUUCUCGAGAACGCGAUCGAUGAUGACGAUGCAAAUGAAACAUACCCUCCCGCAUCUCGAAUCCUUCCAGUAAGGUCGAGGCCAGGAUCCAGUGGUCCCAAUUCUCGACAGACGUCGAAGUCGCAGUCUGUGGAAUACCAUGUGGGUAAAACGCUGCUAAGGGUUGUUGGUUUUGAAUAUUCGCCGAAGCGAUCCUUGUCGGACCGAGAGCUCCGCUCCUCUCUGCGUUUUGAGGCUAUGACACGAUCCCCCACCAUAGUUACGGAUGAAAUGCCCAAGCAGCUUUUUGAGCUGGGACCAGAAUGGGGUGAGCAGCCUCGCAAGGCACCUCCAUCACCCGCAAAGUCCGACAUGCGAAGGGAUAAAGAAGGUCAGUUCGGCCAAUUUGGGGAGAUUUUUACUCCCUUCCGCUGUGAAAGUCGAGCGCGCGGUUCGGUUUCGUCUGGCAAUGUCGACGAGCUCUACCUGGCAUGCGAGCGGGCGGCACUGAGAUGGGGCCUCUCCCUGCAGAUCUAUACCGUCGUCCUCUUCGCGAAGGCAUCAAACCUUUCGAAAGGCUUCGCGAGUCGCUGCCCAGACCCAAGACCGCGACAGGUUCCCGGGGCUGCAUCGACGAGCAAAGGCCAAAGAGAGCAGCAACUCCAACCGACUGAAGACCUUCCACCGCUGCAAACAACCCCCACUCAUCCAAAUUCAAAAAAGGCGGCUUCCACGGCCGACUUGCCCAUGGAGCCAUCAAGAUCGGGUCGUUCUACCGUCGGUUACUUCCCAGCCGACGCCAGGAGCAGCACUAGUCAUAGCAGUGGCUCCUUAAUCCGUUCUGCUGAGCGGAAUCCCAUCAGCCCACUGGAGCCCAUACCCGAGGUUCAAUCGGUUAUGCGCUCGCAGUUCAAAGAGCUCAACUGGGCAGAUGAGCAGAAGAAGUCAGACCAGGAUCAGAAAACGGACAAGCAGGCCCAAAAGAAGCCAAGCGAACAAGCAUCUAAAAAGGAUCGAGAGUCGUCAAGGUCUAGGUCUGAUCCCAGACCUGCUGCGGCAGGCAGACGACCCUUAAGACCAUUCACGAUUGACAAAAGCGGAAGGCGACCAUCCGGAGGUCUCGUUGGGCGAUCCACUGCCCAGGUUCAUGCUGCCCAAACCAUAGGGGCUACCUUUGCACCCUUGCCAUCCGUUAACACGAUCCUCAGGCCCGUCUCGUCGGCCACGACAGCCAAAUCGACCCUGUCUGCAUCACCCGAGGCGCCUCCAACGGCGACAAGCAUUGCUUCUCCCAUUUUUGAAAACAUGAACCCGCUCCCGGCGCUCAGGCGGGCCAUAUCGGACCUGAUUCCGGAAAGGCCGGCAUACCCUUACGAUCCACUACUCGACAACUACGCCCCUGAGCAGCCCUUCCACAUCCAAUGGCGCCGCGGCAGCCUCGAUGGCCAACAAUCGCCUGUAACGACCCACAUGGCCUCGCCACCCAUAAAGUCUCAAAGGAAUUCAGCUUCCACUCUGCCCUUGUCGUUGGAUCCCAACAUCAUGACCACGCCUUCUGGUACUUCUCAUCCGGGACGACCGUUUGUCACCGAAUCGAUUGCGCGGUUUGGCCAACAGCGAUAA